AUACGCAUAUGAAACGAUUUAAAACACAAAGCGGUCAACGUUAUUAAAUUAUCAAUAAUAAUAUUAUCAGUAGUGGCUUACUCAUUUCUUCCUAAUUAAAUUAAGUAAUUUAUGUUGUUCGCUGCGUCACUGUAACGGUAUUAUUAUUCAUUGUUCUUGCGGCAGUUGAACCAGACGUACCACCUUAAUAAUGAGAUUUUUCAUUUUUGCAUUUUUGCCGCUAUUUAUAGUGAAAAAUGUGGAAAUGCAUUCUUACCAUUUGGGUGAAUGUCCCAAUAUCGAACCUCAACCGGAAUUCAAUAUGAAUAGGAUGUUAGGUAUAUGGUAUGUAAUGGAAAAAACUAGUACAGCAAGUUCCUGUAUAGUCUAUAACAUAACCAAAAGUGAUGAGCCUGAUGAGUAUAAGAUUGAAGAGAUCAGUCAGCAUUUUUUGUUAGCCUUAACACCUCUGAAGCAUGGAUACCAUUACAAGGGGACAUUAAAAGUGCCUGAUAGAGGGAUACCUGCAAGAAUGACCGUUAGCUUUCCUUUAAGUGUUGCGGGAAAAUCCUCCUUUACAGUCUUCAUGACUGACUAUGACACCUACGCAGGCAUUUUCACUUGUCAAAAGUUAACUUUCGCCCAUAGACAAUCCGCCACGAUUUUGUCCAGGACAAGAACUUUGGACAAAAUGUACACCGAUAAGCUGAGGACAAGAUUGGCUAACUCACAAAUAGAUCCCUUCGAGCUAUCGCUGAUUAGUCAAAGAGACUGUCCGAGAGACCUGACUGCUGGUUACAAUAUCAAUAUUAAUGACGAAACGAUUUCCGCUAAAGCUGCUGGUGAUGUUAUCAGGAAAGCUGGAGAAAAAAUAGGCGACGGUGUGGAAUACAUUUCAGGAAAAACUAAGGAAGUUUACGAUAAAGUUGCCAAUAAAGAAGUUGAAAGUGCCAGAGUGGAAGAAAUAACUGAGAGAACUAGGGGUCAGUAUAGUAAAACUAUGGAUGCUGAUGCCGAGUGGUUGCCAUAAAAAGAUAGAGACAAAUUUUACAUUGUGUAUACCAAAUAUUAUUUUUACUUGUAUAUUUUAUAGAUGUAUUCUUUUAGUGUUCCUUAAUGAUGUGAAAUAAACCUCUACGUAUGCAAAAGGGAGUCUGGAGAGGCUGUAAUAAAACUGCGCCAAUUAUUUUUACAUCUUAUACUCAAAUCCAUAUGUGCAAUAGUUCUCUAAACUUAGAUAAUAAAUUAAUUAAUUUAAAAGUU